CUUGAUAAGUUUGAUCGCUCCGUCGCCAGGCGGCGUUGGCGUCAGCGCUGCGUGACACAGCAAUUAGCGCUCUGCGAGUGACUGUCGCCGGCGAUAUCACUUGCUCUAUCGCCCGCCCGCCCGUGCGUGCUGCCGCCGCCGCGCCGCCAGCGAUAAGCACCGCCCGCCCAGACGAGAGCCGCCAUGUCGCUGCUGCAGCUGCUGAGAUUCGCGGUCCCGUCGCGCGCGGCGCGGCUCCUGGGUUCGAGCCCCGCGUGUGCCGGGCGCCCCGCCAGCACACCGGUGGACUCAGCGGAUCCUGCCGCCAUCCCACGCCCUUCCACGCAGGACCGAGAGCUGGCCCUGGACCAGCUGAGAAGAACUUCCAGCGUGCGGAGAAGAUCCCGUUCAGAGGGUACGUGGUGAUGGGGUCGAACGGCGAGUUCCCGCUGAUGACGGCCGAGGAGCGCGUGGGGCUGGUGCGCCGCGUGCGGCAGUUGGCGGCGCCCGACCGCCUCGUCCUCGCCGGCCCCGCCUGCGAAGGGACGGCGGCAACGUUGGAGCUGUGCCACGCGAUGGCGGAGGCGGGCGCCGACGCCGUGAUGGUGAUCAACCCCAGCUACUACAAGGCCAGCAUGACGGCGGUGGCGGACGGCAGCCCGGUGCCCGUGGUGCUGUACAGCCUCCCGGCCAACACGGGCAUCGACCUGUCCGCGCCGCUGCUCGUGCACCUGGCGCAGCACCCCAACGUCAUCGGCCUCAAGGACAGCGGCGGCGACGUGACGCGGGAGCUGGGCGUGCCGGCCAUGAAGGCCGCCAUGGACCUGGUGGGGCUGUACGGAGGGCCGUGCCGCCGACCGCUGCUGCCUCUCACGCCCGACCAGCAACAGCGCGUGCGCCAGGCCUUCGCCACGGCGGGAUUCCUCUAGGCCUCACACCCACACACACACACACGCACUCACCUCCAACUACCUCCACCUGCCCACCCACCCACAAAUGUGCCCAUCUGCCUGGCCUUUCUCCCUUCUGCUCGCACGAAUGCAUGUAUGCACGCUCGCACGUCUACCUACCCAUCCUUCAACCCACUCACUCACCCACCCGCUUUCCCAUCUGCCCGCCCACCGAACCCCCAUUUACCCAUCCACCCACCUGCUCACUCACCCAUCCUCCCUCCCCCCAUCCGUGCCUCCCUCCCACCCACACGCCCGGCCAUUGUCCAACCCGUCCGCCCCCACGCGCACUCGCUCGCACACUCGCACGACUGCGUGUCCAACCUACCCAACACAUCCACCCCACCAUCUGUCCGUCCGCUCAACCCAUUCUUGCCCGUCCACCCACCAACUCUCUUCCCACACACACGCAAAUCCACCUGCCCGCACGCCGACCCGCAAGCACCCCCGCGCGCCUACCUGCAUACACACUCACACGUCCAUCCAAACAUCCACUCACCAUCCACCAAUCAUCAACCACCAGCCUACCCGCUCAACCACCAGUCUACCCGCAGUCAUCCACUCACCAAUAUACCCGCCCACGCAGUCACCCAGGAAUUCACCAGGCACCCACAAGGCACCAGGCAUUCACUCAACAACCCACCCAUUCAUCCAUUGCCUCACACGCAGCCCCAUUCACACGUAUACCCAUUUACAGACUAAGGUGACCAUAUAUUGAAAACCUUAAAAAGGGACAUUGUGACAUUUGCUUGACUGAGAAACGGGACCAAACGGCACACACGUUACCCAUUAUUCCUCAAUUAAGAAUGCUUACUAAGUGGCACAGAAACUCAGCAGAAUUAUUAUUGAAUUUUUCAAUAUCGAUAUCGAUGGCGGUAAAUCAUACACACGCUCAAAUGACGCAAAAGCUCACGUUUCCUUUCUAGAACUACCACUGAACCACUCUUUCUUGAUUUCGAUUGGCUGCUAAAUACACUAGUUAUGAGCGAAUUUAAUUUACUCGCGCUUACUUUUUCUAUACAUUAAUGCAAAUCCAACGGAAUACAUUACGAUAAAUUUAAAUUUGUUGACGUCACGUUAUGCCGAUUAACCAUUGUCACAAAAACGUGACAUUUUCCCACAUAAUCCUGGUAUUUUCUUAUAUUUUCCAAAAAAUAUUUAUUUUUAUACACUUCAUUUAGAUGAAAUGCUCUUAAAAUAUUUACAGGAUUGUAAACAUGGAUUAACUACAUUCCAUUCCAUUUUCAAUACAAAUACUCCUCUUCAAUUGCCAAUAACGAAAUAAUAAAAUUCACAAGUAUGUUUCUGCUAAUUUCGAAAAGGCAAUGUGUGACCUUAUUACUGUUUUGAAAGUGCUGCUUCAUCUCUUUAAUUGGGUGUCCAGGGUGCGUAAUUGCUCUCAAAGUAAAUUGAAGUCAGUGUGAUGUACAUUGUAAUAAAAUAGUCGGGCGUUCGCUCGUAAUAUGGAGCGCGUCAAAUAUUGGAAUUCCGCCUUUUUCUUUGUUCGGUUUUAAAAGAGGGGUUCAGUGGUUUCGGACUAUUCCUACCGCGUGAGGUAAUUUAAUUACCGUUUCACAAAUUAGACAACUUUAUUUCCUUGUUUCCAAUAAUACGUCGAUCUUUUCGAUACUUUUGAGAAGUGGCUGGGACUAUUGUCCUACACCUGCGAUAAGACAUAUGGCGCAGCUGAUUUCAAUACAAAGGAACUAAGACUGAAAAACGGGAAACACUCAGAAGGUCACUGGGACAACACUAAAGUCGAUCCUGAUCGUUCCCCUUUAGUAAACCUCGUUUCGAAUGCAGUACAGUAGCUAAGGCGCCCGACAUGAUUUUCGAACAUUUCAGUGCACCGCGGACGGUAGUUCUCUGGAACUGAUCUACAGAGCUCGGCAAGUACAUGUUACGAAGUAGCUAGUACGACCCCAAGCGAAUUAUGCUGACUCAACAGUGUUUUGGACAGUUGUCAAACUGAUGUGACUGACAUUCAUUAUGUCUUUUUAAAUACAAGGCUUAUUUGAAUCACACUUCAGAAAACGUGCGCUGGUUUCUUAACGUUAUUGGUCCUAUUGUCCAUAAACAUAUUUCUCAUUUAAUAUGUUUUCCAUCUUAAAAGACACACGUAAUGAGUUCAUAUGGGGGAAAAGUGACAGAUUAUCAUUAUUUUAUAAACAGAAUAAUUAUUUUAUACAAUCUAAGAUUGUAUACAAAAUAAAAUAUCAGCCACUGGAUAUACACUGACAAAGAAAAAUUAAAGAAAUAUUAGAACUCAACGCCUAAGUGAACUUAAGCUACAUUCCUGAACAAUGAGCGUAUUUAUGAAUAAAUGUGUUAAAAUGCCAUAAAAUGAAAAAUCGCUUAUAUGAAAGAGAAAAUAUUUGUAUAAUAACUUCAAUUAUUGAUUAAACUUUUACUAUGCAAUACAA